UUUGCUUUGAGCAGGAGUCAGACAAUCAGGUAAGACCUAUCUGAUACUAUCACUUGAUCUGCAUGUAUUACAAUGAAGUAUUUUCUUAUACUUAGACUGAUUUCUUGUUUAAUGUACCACACAGUCAGUAUAGACAGCUGCUGUAUCCGUCUCUUUGUAGGUUAGAUUAAUCAUUACUAAUAAUGACAGAGAGUGACGGACCUCAAGUCACUUGCAGACUCCCGGCAGUAAUAGCAGUAUGUACUGCAGCCAUUUUCAACAUCAUGCUUUUGGCUGGAGGGGUAGUUGGAGUAGUGUUCAUUAGCGACUGUCCGAGGCAGCCCUUCAUCCCCAUCUAUUUGUUGAUGAUGGGAGUCAACAGCCUGCUGUUCUGGCGCUUUGAGAAAUUUAACACAUCCUUUUGCUACCUGGUCUUUUCAGUGUUUUUCAUCUGGUUUAUUGUUGGUAAUGUACUGGUCUACUCUAUUUAUGAGCCCAACUACAACAAGAACAUAACACAAGCCAAUGCCUACUGCGACAAGACACUCUACUUAUUUGCCUUCUGGAUGACCAACUUGACCUAUGUCCUACUAGGUGUGCUGUUUCUGUCCUGCCACUAUUGCUUGUUGCAACAAGAGCCUGACGAGGCACAAAUGCCCUUGCAGGGAUAAAGAAAGUUGGAUAGAACUAAAAAACAACUCACCUACACAGUAGGUCACUAUCAGGGUAGUUGGUGGAUGUACUAAGAGUUAAUCAUGUCAUACAUCAUCAUGGAAAAUACAAGAAAGGAAAUAUUAAAAUCACCUCAAGCACCAGCCUCACAUGGUUUAUUGUUGUGCAUCUUUUAUCACAGAAAUAUUAUAAUUUACAUACAAAAUACAAAAUAUAAUACUUAAUGUUGUAUGUUUUCUCUUUUUAAAAUAACUUCACGACAGUAUUGUAUCAUGUAAAAAAUUCUGUUUGGAUAUUACUCAUAAUAUUUUCACUCUUUAGAUAAAGUUACAUGUUUUCAGAGAGACAGUCCAGGCUGUCAAUCUGAUUGGUACGCUGGGCUAUGAUGUCAGCACGAUUUGCGUGAGAGGUUGGCCAGCGCUUUGGCAUGGAUGGGCUUAUAGAGGAGUGUGAAGCUGGAGGGGCUGAUAAGGCCAUUGCCCUGUGUGUCGACUUUUCCCAUCAACACGUAGUUCUGACCUGGAGAAGUGACAGUGUGAGAAAAAAUACAUUAGAAUUUGUCUAAUACCAGAUGAGCUGGAUGGGUAAUGUUUAAGGUCAAAUAAUGUUGGGAAAUGUAUGGCACGGAAUCAAUUCAAUAGCUGAUUAGUUACUAUUAAUUUGAGAUAUAUUGGUUAAAUAAAAAAUUUGAUCAUCUGCAUAUACUGAGAGUUUAUUUUUACAGUUUAUACAGUUUACAUUUAUUUAUCUAUAUUCUAUACCAUAAUUUGUAACCAGCUUAUUUAUUUUUCAUUGCAUUUGAAUUAUUAACAUGUCUAUGUCUGACAUUAGCAUUAAUGUUAGUUCAGUCAGGACCACUUUUGUCAAAAUAACUUUUAUUCCUAAGCAGAAGAAUAUUACAUUUGGCGGUAUGGCUCUGUUCUGGGAUCUCCUUGCCUUUCCAUGUGCCUACGUGGAAAACCUUAAGGCAGGGAGAGCACACCUCCCUGCCCUUCCAUGUGCAUACAUGGAAAGGUUUAAGACAAGGAGAGCGGCAGAAGAGACCCCCCAGGGUACAGAACAGAGCAAGCAUCAAUGGCAAUCUGAAAAUGACAUAGAUUAAUUAGAUACAACCUAAAAAGGAGGAGCUGGGGUGGAGGUGGGUUGCAAAACGGCUUGUAGAGGAAGCAGCAAAGAUAGGCAGGCUAAAGCAGCUUAAAUAAGGCGCCCUAAAUGAUAUUUACCAAUUGGAUGCUUGAGGGAAUCAGCUGAGCUGUCAGCUGACUGUGUGUUUACGAUUAGCUGUGAUCAUAUAAUAUAGCUGGAAUGGAGAGCCAAGCCUGACUUCGUGGCCUGUCUGAACUAACACUAUGCUUAAUUUGUGUGGUCAAAACAUGAUGUUUACUAUAUUUUCAGUUCUUCGUGGUUAAACCUUACUGAUCUGAAAUAAAAGAACUAAUGAUGAUAUUUUCUUUGUUUAUUUGCAAGAAUUAAUGUAAUUGUAAUUGUAAAUAAUUUGUGAUCAACAUUUAAUAAAUAUAUUGCAUGGUA